CCAGCAAGACAAACUACUGCGGAAACAGGGAAUCUUAAUUUUUAACCGUCCACGUCGCGUCCCGGGUAGGAUUUAUGAUUUCGAAAGACUGAAAACUAACUUGAAUUAUUUUGGACACGAGCUAAUCUGAGACCAUGGACAAUCAAAUGUCUACUGCCGAGCGAACAUUUCAGUAUCAGAAUAUUCUGCCCCCGUUACCUGUGCCUUCUCUGGAAGGAACCUUAAGCAAGUAUCUGGACGCAGUGAGGCCGUUUUCAACAGAAGAGGAGUUGAAGGCGACAGCUGCUAUUGUGAAGCGUUUUGCGGAGGGCAUUGGACAAGAUCUGCAUCAAAAGCUACUGCAGAAAGCCAAGAAUAAACGCAACUGGCUGGAGAAAUGGUGGUUGGAUACGGCUUAUCUGGAGGUGCGUAUGCCCUCUCAGCUGAAUGUGAAUUUUGGAGGUCCUGCAGCCUAUUUGGAGCACUGCUGGCCCCCGUGUGAGGGGACCCAGCUGGAGAGGACCAGCAUAGGGGUUUGGCACACCCUACAGUACUGGAACCUCAUACGCACGGAGAGGUUGGCCAUCCAUAAAUCUGGGAAUGAGCCAUUCGAUAUGGACCAGUUUCGCAUGCUCUUCUGCACCUGCAAAGUGCCCGGCAUUACCAAAGACACCAUACACAACUAUUUUAAGACGGACACCGAAGGACCUUGUCCUUCACAUUUAGUGGUGAUGUGUCGAGGUCGAAUUUUCACGUUUGACACCCUCUGCGAGGGACGAAUUCUGACCCCUCCGGAAAUACUCAGACAGCUCACAUACAUUAAGCAUAUGUGUGACGGAGAACUAGAGGGAGAGGGAGUGCCUGCUCUGACCAGUGAGGAGAGGACCCGCUGGGCUAAGGCAAGAGAGUAUCUGAUCUCUAUUGACCCCAUAAAUAAAACGAUUCUGGAGAUGAUUCAGAGCAGCCUGUUCAUAGUGUCACUGGAUGACGCCAAACCCUACUCUACACCACAGAACUACUCAGAGCUGACAUCACUGGCUUUGACUGGUAACCCUACCAUUCGUUGGGGGGAUAAAUCUUACAACUACAUCUGCUUUUCCAAUGGCUUGUUUGGCUCCAACUGUGAUCACGCGCCAUACGAUGCUAUGGUAUUGAUUUCUCUCAACUAUUACAUAGACCAGAAAGUGAAGGAGAACAAUGGACAGUGGAAGGGUUCACAGGUCAUUCGGGACUUGCCCUUGCCUGAGGAGCUUCUGUUUACUGUGGAUGACAAAGUCAGACAAGACAUAAGACUUGCUAAAGAGCAAUACAAGAAAACGGCUGAGGAUCUGCAGAUAGUCUGCUAUGCUUUCCUUUCUUUUGGCAAAGCUGCUAUCAAGAAAAGGAAACUACAUCCAGAUACGUUUGUACAGCUAGCCCUGCAGCUGGCCUACUACAGACAACACAGAAAGCCAGGUAGUUGCUAUGAGACGGCCACCACACGCCGUUUCUAUCAUGGGCGCACAGAGACGAUGAGACCGUGCACAGUGGAAGUUCAGCGCUGGUGCAGAACCAUGCUGGACCCAUUGGCCACUACUGAACAGAAGAGACAAGCAUUACAUGCAGCCUUUAACAAACACAACAAACUGAUGAAUGAAGCACAGAACGGAAAAGGUUUUGACAGACAUCUCCUUGGCCUAUACCUUACUGCUAAAGAGGAGGGACUUCCUGUUCCAGAGUUGUUCACAGAUCCACUCUACAGUAAAAGCGGGGGAGGAGGUAAUUUUGUCCUCUCCACCAGUCUGGUAGGUUACACCACUGGACUGGGUGCUGUUGCUCCCAUGGUUCCCCACGGUUAUGGUUUUUUCUAUCGUAUCCGUGACGACAGGAUCGUGGCCUCCUGCACGGCAUGGAAGUCCAACCCAGAGACGGACCCCGAGUCGCUAUUUCAGAACCUCUGCACUUCUUUCCAUGAAAUGAUGCACGUUACCACUCUGUCCCAGCUUUAGAGCACGGAAUUCUGGGAAAUGUAGUCUAGCUUCUCAUUGAGGGCGGAUGGAUGAAUUCAGAUUGUUUAAGGUGCCUUAGUUUGUCCCUUUGUUUUUUGAUCAACUGACAAACGACACUCGGCAGGGCUUUAACAUCCGUUCUUUUCUAAAUAUAAAAUUUUGAGUUCGGUUCAGCACCUCUCGGUGCUUGGAAUAUUCAGGUUUACUCUGUCUGUUGAAAGACUUGAGAAAAUGAGUAAUGCAUAUAUCAGCAACACAGAAUAAUCACUGUGGAAAUAAGCGGAACGUUGUGGUAAUUGUAGCCAGAGACAUCUGAUCAAUCGAUUCAAUUGACUGAAAGCAGCUCACAUCUGCAAGUUAUAAAACCUAACUUCCAGAUACUAUUGUCAGUUCAGCAUGAUCAAUGCAAUUUGUGUGUGUGUGUGUAUAUACUGUUAUAUAUACUGUAUACUAUAUACUGUUCUCUGGUGAGGAAUGCUAAUUGUUCGAAUCUUGAACCUUAGGCAUCACAGCCUGUUGAAUGCAUCAAAGUCCAAGUGAUAGUCACUUAAGAGGAAGAAAGCAUAUAACAGUGAAACAAUUAAAAAUUAAUUUAGCCUUCCGUAAUGAACUUGGCUAAUGAUGAUUGGACACAGAGAUUUUUAGUUUAAAGAAAAAAAAAAAAGACCAAUAAGAGAAGUUUGAUUGAUUUGUGUUGAAUUUUGACGGCGGCAAUAAAAAGGAUGUCAUCAUCAAGGCAUGAACAUCAGUGAGUAAAGGGGAGGGGGAAAUAAAAGAACAGGAAGAGCUGUAAUUCUCUUCUUAGCUGCAGUCAUGCAAUUAUCAAUGCAGUUAUGCACAAUAACAAUGCAAAUAAUUUCUUAACCAAAUUAAGCUGUGUUUUCUAACAUAAUCUGAAUAGAGCUUGACAUACACAGUUGCACUUAGAGUAUUAUUGAAUGUUAUUUUUGUAUAAAUUCUGUUUUGAUUUUUGUUGUUUUGAAUCAUAUAUAAUUGUUUUCUGUGGCAUUUUUUCCUGUCUUUGUUUUGAUUUUUGUUUUGAGGUCCAUGCCUUACAUAUUAGGGCUGUUUUCUAACUUACACAGUUGAUUGUGAUGAUGAGUUAAGGUGAGUAUCUUGUCUGACCAGUUUGAUUUGUAAAAAUGCACACCCCAUUUCUCUGUUUGUACGCCGGGUUGAAUGGUUCACACAACCUUUUGUCCCCCUAUUUGUGAAUCGUAAACUGUAUCUGUGAUGUUCUUACCUAAAUCGUACAAAGGACAUUAGAACACAAUACCUAGAUUAUUGUAACGGGAGUGGUCUUCUUCAAUAUAGAUAUACGGAAAUGUAAUUUGUCAGAUUAUCUCCCUGAAACAAGACAGGGAACUUUAGGUACUGAUUUUAAAACACUGUGGAUUAUAUUGUUGCUCAAUGUGAUCGGGCUCUCAAUUCUUGGUCCAGCUUGAUGAAACACUUUAAAUGCUUAGCAGUGUAAAAGAAAAACCCUACUUCUACUGUGUUAAUGUAGAGAUAGAAAUGCUAGACACCAUGGCUCUACCUGUGUGGGAUAUGUACAAACUACCAAAUAUAACUACACUAGCCACUAGCCAAGGUGGAGACAAAGAUGUUGCGUGAUGUAUAAUUUGAUAUGGAAAAACAAGAUUGUAGAGUUAUAGAGGAAAAUAGAUGGAGAUUUCAAGAGUUUUUAAAACCACUGCACUUGCACUAGCAAACUGUAUGAACAAGUAAUUACCAGGAACUUCAAGCACUGCUUCGUAAAUGCUUAACUGAACUUAAUGUUAUCUGUGAAUGA